AGAAACUCUAUUUACAAGCAGCAGAAUGCAACCGGCGCAGAGUCGGUGACGUGGAAUAUCCACGUGUUUUAUUUAAACGGCCGCGUUUCACUAUUUUGCAAAUUACAGAUCAGAGGAGUCCCCUGCAGAAGCCAAGACACUCACCUCUAAUGAAAGAAACUGGGAGUUUUUACAGAUUUCUAUUUCAUGUACCGACAAUGGUGGAGACAAGUUAGCAACAAUGAAAGCCAUGUAAAUCUACAAAAAUAAAAGAAAAAAAAAAAAGAAAGAAAAAGAAUUUUACGCCUACAAGAAAAAAAAUUCAAAUCUAAGAACUAAGUUUUCCUGUUCAACUUUCCAAGAUCAUUAGAAGGAUAAAACUGGAGCAAAGAUGGCGUUAACCCUUGUUGUUGAAGAGAGAGAGAGAGAAGGUGUCUGUUGUACUUGCUUUUCACCACAUUUACAACUACCUUGUUUUUUAUUUUUUUAGAGAUCAAGGAGUACUAUAAAAAAAUUAAUCAAGUGUAGCUGGGGGAGAUAGGAUCUGAGAAGCGAGAGAAAGGGGAGCUGCGACGCAUUUUGAGCAAGAGAGGAGGAGCCCUGGACAGCAGAGUGCAAAAAUAAGGAAGAGAUAGAAGCGGGAAUUGAAUAUUUUUUUUUUUCUUUCUGUCUACGUGGGACCUACCAUGUCAGCCGCUUACGAACCGACUUUGCAAAUUCGACUGUAUAUAGCAACUCUGUAAAUUAUAUCACAUCUCCACCCUCCAUUUUCAAGCAUUAGGUCUUCUUCCUCCACAUGGUCAGGUCGAUCGAGAAGUAAGGUUAUUUCAGCGAAAUUAAAGGAGCUGGUUCCAUUACUUACUAACUACUUGGAAGUAAGUUUCGUUUUCAUUUGUGCUCUGAUCUAAAAGUAGUUCAUGAAUGGUGAAAUGUCUCGUUCGUAGUUGUGGUGAUGAUGAAUUUGUCUUAAUUAUAUGGGUAUGCUUUAUUAUUUGAACAGUGGUUGCUUUGAAAAUUUUAUCUAUUUGAUUUCUUCUAGAUUGGAUUAACUCGGGUCAAAUCGAAUAUAGUAGGAUAUUAAUCGGGUCAUAUCCGAAUUGAUCAUGAACAGUUUUCGUCAUUGUAUAGUUGUUACUAGAAGUAUGUUUUCGUCAUUGUAUAGUUGUUACUAGAAGUUUGUGAAAACCAAGUAAUUUAAUUUGAGAGUAUUUUCUUGUGGCGUUUCAAUGUAUUUUAGAACGUUUUCGGACUCUUUCAAUAAGAAAACUUCUGUUUUGUUUAGAACGUUGAUCAUUUAGUCGUGUUUCAAGACGAAUCUAUAUACUCUCUCUCUCUCUCUCUCUCCUAUAUAUAUAUAUAUAUAUAGGAUUUGCACAUUAAUAGAGAAAUGUUCAAUGUGAGAUCAACUACAUGAAUGAUUGUUGCUGAAAUAGGAUUUUCUGGAGUACUCUGUUGCUUUGCAUUGAGGGCUCCACAGUUAGUAAUGGCUGGAAUGGAUCCUAUUAUCUAUGAAGCAGCGGCAAAAGGCAACCUGGAGGCCUUAGAACAAUGUAUAUCCGAUCCACUAGAUGGGUUUUUAACCGUUAAUAAAAAUACAAUCAUACAUAUUUGCAUUUCAAGUAUCCUCGUUGAAGAAGACUCUCACGCUGUUGGAGGAACCGACCCAGCCUCAGCGGCAAAUUUUGUGAAAGUUUUAUUGGACAGGUGUCCGCGACUGUUAUUGAAAGCCAGUGCGGAAUGCGAUACUCCGUUACAUGUGGCCGCAAGGUAUGGACAUGCUUCCAUCGUCAAAGUCCUGAUUGAACAUCAAAAAUCCCAACACCAAGAUCUCGAAAGUGGAGUUGUUGAAGCUACUACGGAGAUCGAAAGUGGAGAUCUCGAAAGUGGAGUUGUUGAAACUACUACGGAGAUCGAAAGUGGAGUUGUUGAAGCUACUACGGAGAUGAUUGGGAAGCCGAACAAAGAGAGAGACACGGCUUUACAUGAGGCUGUACGUCACAAUCACAUUGAAGUGGUAAAACAGUUACUAAUGGAGGUAGAUCCAGAAUUUCCGUUUGGUGCUAAUGUUGCUGGUGAGACCCCACUUUACUUGGCUGCCGAGAGAUGUUUUCCAGAAUUGGUGUCAGAAAUUUUAAAAAAAUUGAAGUCACCAGCUUAUGAUGGCCCCUUGGAUAGAACGGCUUUGCAUGCUGCAGCAUUUUGGGAUGAUGAAGGAAUGACCAAAAACAUUUUGGAAAGAUACGGACGCAAUCUAUGUAAACAAGCAGACCGAAAUGGUUCGACUCCGCUUCACAUGGCUGCAUACGUGGGUAGGACAGCCGUUGCUAAACUAUUGCUGAAAUAUGAUAGAGAGGUAGCAUAUAUUCAAGACGCAGAGGGUAGGGCAGCUCUUCACAUUGCAGCCUGUUGCGACAAGGACGAGGUAACAAAAGCGAUUAUAUCAAUGUGUCCGGAUUGUUGCGAAGUGGUUGACAAUGAAGGCCGCAAUGCACUCCAUCUCGCCGUACACAACAACUUGCCACGUGCAGCGCUAAUCAUCCAAAACAAUUCGUCUCUCCGGAAUCUUUUGAAUCAGAAGGACAACGACGGGAAUACACCUCUCCAUUACUAUUGCAAUUCCAGUUUUGUUUCUAUCAAGCAUGUCCUGAAUUCUCCGAGGGUUGACAAAAUGGUCUUCAACAAAGAGAACCAUAAUGCUUCUCAAAUCUUAGAAAGUAGAAACUUACCGGUCGAGGAUUUUGUGGUAACGUAAUCUUUUAUCUUUCUUCAAAAAAUAAAAUUAUAUACUUAAUAUUUGAAUAUUUAGUUCUUUUCAAUCA